CCUGAGCCUGAAGAGGUGACUAGCCUAGCUGGGCCACCGGUCUGACUUGAUAAAAGUUGCAUUCACAUGAUGGCAAAAAGAGGUGGAGAAAAGGCCAAACUUCUCGUUUUAUUUUUAGCAGCCAAUUGGAACUUUUUUCCAAGAUGAAGGAGGGAAAAAGCCAUCCGGUGGAGUGUAAGAGCCCAGCAGAAGACAGUGUAACCUUUGAGGCGGCUGGAAGUGCCAUGGAGCUGCGGACGCACGGAUGCUGCGUCCAGAUGGCCGGGCCUUGCUCUCGGGACCUCCCUCCCGUGCGGAUUCUAACUGGUGCGAUGGGGCUGCUGCACGGUUCCUUCUGCCGCCUGAGCCUCCUCUUGUUGCUGCUACCAGGGCUUGGGACCCCAUUCAACAUUGAUGUGAAAAGGCCUCAGAUCUUCCGGGGGCCACGGGAGGCCCAGUUUGGCUACAAAGUCCUGCAGUAUACGGCCAGAGGGCAGAAACUGAUGUUGGUGGGAGCGCCCUGGGACGGCACGCCGGACGACCGCAAAGGCGACAUUUACAAGUGCAUUGUGGGGGCAAGAAACAAUUCGACAUGCGCCAAAGUCAACAUAGGUGACCUGGCGCUGCGGAACCUCUCCAAGCCCGUCCGGAACAUGCAUUUUGGAAUGACCCUCCUGGCCAACAAAGACGAAGGAUUUGUGGCGUGCGCACCUCUGUGGUCCCAGGAGUGUGGCACUUCUGUGUUCAGCACCGGGAUUUGCACCAGUGUGGACGAAAACUUCCGGCCCACGGAGAACAUUGCCCCCACGGCUCAGAGGUGUUCGACCUAUAUGGACAUUGUGAUUGUUCUGGAUGGGUCCAACAGCAUCUAUCCCUGGUAUGAGGUGCAGAACUUCCUUAGCAACAUCCUCAGCAAGUUUUUCAUUGACCCGGAACAGAUCCAAGUCGGGGUCUUGCAGUACAGCGAGGCCGCAGUGCAUGUGUGGUCACUCAACGACUACCAGACAGCCGAGGAGGUGAUCGAGGCAGCCAAAAAUAUCAGCCGGCAGGAGGGACUAGAAACCCGGACUGCGUCUGCAAUCCACAAGGCCUGCACAGAGGCCUUCAGCCCAGAAAGAGGAGGGAGGGAAGGAGCCACCAAGCUGAUGAUUGUGGUGACGGAUGGGGAGUCCCACGAUGGGGACGAGCUCCAAGAGGCCCUGGAAGAGUGUGAGGAGCGCAACGUGACCCGCUACGCCAUUGCCGUGCUGGGCCAUUACAUCCGGCGGCAGAAAGAUCCCGACUCGUUCAUCAACGAGAUUAAAUACAUCGCCAGCGACCCCGACGAGAAGUAUUUCUUCAACGUGACGGACGAGGCGGCCCUCAACGAUAUCGUGGAUGCUUUGGGGGAUCGGAUCUUUAGCCUCGAAGGGACUCGGGAAUACAGCUCCUUUGAGCUGGAGAUGUCUCAGAUCGGCUUCUCCACGCACCUCCUCGAGGAUGGCAUCCUCUUUGGUAUGGUGGGGGCGUACGACUGGGACGGCGCAGUCCUAAAGGAGAGCAGAAGUGGACGGAUCGUCCCCCGGAGGGAGGCCUUUGAGAGGGAGUUCCCCCUGAAACUGAAGAACCACGCGGCUUACCUUGGCUACACAGUGUCCUCCAUCAGACUCCGGAAUGGGAAGGGGCUGUACGUGGCCGGUGCCCCGCGCUUCAAGCACAAAGGGAAAGUGAUCCUGUUUGAGAUGAGCCAGGGGGGCAGCCUAACCAUCUCCCAGGCCCUCACGGGGGAUCAGAUUGGGUCGUACUUUGGCAGCGAAGUGUGCCCUGUGGACGUGAAUGGGGAUGGGGUGACCGACGUCCUGCUGGUGGCCGCACCCAUGUACUUGGGCCCCCAGAACAAGGAAACGGGCCGCGUCUCCCUCUACCGAGUGGGGCAGACCCUCUUGUCUUUCAACGGGACCCUCCACCCCGACCCCAAACCUCAGGACGCCCGCUUUGGCUUCUCUCUGCUGGCGGUUCCAGACCUCAAUCACGACAGCUUUAAUGAUGUGGUGGUGGGUGCGCCACUGGAGGAUAACCACCAGGGGGCCAUCUACGUCUACCAUGGGUACCGCACCACUGUCCUGCCCCGCUUCAAACAGCGGAUUGAGUCGGCAGGGCUCCGCCGAGGCCUCAGCUACUUCGGGCGCAGCUUGGAUGGGCAGAUCGAUCUGGAUGGGGACGGCCUGGUGGACCUCGCUGUUGGUGCUCAGGGAGCGGCGGUGGUCCUGAGGUCAAGGAGGAUCGUGCAGGUCAACGUUUCAAUUUCAGCUGACCCGCCGUCCAUUAACGUGAUCCAGAAGAACUGCCAGAGAAACGGCAAGGAGUCGCUCUGCGUCUCGGCCAACAUCUGCUUCAAAGUGUCUUCCCGCUCUCUCGGCCCGAGGGACAGCCACUUUACUAUAAAAUACAACGUCUCCCUGGACGAAAGGAAGUUUGGCAUGAGGGCGGUCUUUGACGACACCUCCCAAAAGCUGCUUCAGAAGAGGACUCGGGCCACUGUGGGCCGGACAGCAUGUUCGACUGUCCGUUUCCACGUGAUUGACACUUCUGACUACCUGAGGCCUGUGGCCGUCACGGUGAAGUUUGCCCUCAACGAUGCUGAGCCAGGCCCUGUACUGGAUGAGAAAUUGCCCACCACGGUCAAGAAACUGAUCCCCUUCUUCAAGGACUGUGGCGAGGAUGACGAGUGUAUAACAGACCUGGUAUUGCAAGCUCGGAUGGAUAUCACGGGAUCCAGGCAGAACCCGCACGUGAUCCGCAAAGGAAAAAGGAAAGUCUUGGUCGACGUCAGUCUGGAAAACAAGAAGGAGAACGCCUACAACGCCACUCUCCGCCUCUGGUUCUCCAGAAAUCUCCACUUCUCCAGCCUGGUACUCAAGGAGGAGAACUCCGUGAAGGUGGAAUGCACCACCCCAUCCACUCAAACCCGGUCCUGCACGGUGGGCUACCCAGUUUUCCGAUCUCUGGCCAAGGUGGCCUUCCUCCUUGAGUUUGAAUUCAGCUGCUCCUCCCUCCUGAACAAAGCCCAGGUGAAGCUCAUGGCUGGCAGCAACAGCCGUGAACUGAACGAGACCCUCGCUGACAACCUGGCCCAACCCAUCACCUAUCUCCGUUACGAGCCCGACCUCUUCCUGACCAGCGAGUCCACCUUGAACCGGUACGAAGUCCAUCCGGUGGGGACAUUUCCAAGUGGGAUGAGCCCAGAGUACAGGACUACCAUCAAGGUGCAAAACCUUGGCUGCUACACAGUGGCGAAUCUCUCCCUCGUCAUGGAUCUGCCCGCCACCGCCUACCAGAACAGCGAGUUCCUCUCCGUCACCCGCAUUAUUGCAGACAAUGUGACCUGCGUCUUGCAAAACCUGACUGAGAUGGCACAGACUGCAGCUGGACCUGUGAUUCCCGUUCACCCAGAAGAACUCAUGCACACAGAGAAGCUGAACUGCACCAACACGGGAUGCCAAGUGGUGAAGUGUGAACUGUCCCACAUCGAGAGGAGUUCAGAGGUCUCGAUCCACCUGCUGAGAGCCAUCCACAACCAGUUUUUCAGGAGGGCUCAAUUCAAGACCGUGCAGAUUGUGAGUACGUUCACGCUGACCACCCACGAAGACGACAGCAUCCUUUUCCUCCCGAGAGCUGCCCAUCAGCGAGAGGCCAUCUUGGAGGUUAUCCAGCCCGUCCUGGUCCCUCUCUCGCUCUGGAUCCUCAUUGGCAGCAUCAUUGGGGGCCUCUUGCUGCUCGCCCUCCUCAUCAUCCUCCUGUGGAAGCUUGGAUUUUUCGCCCACAAAAAGCCCGGGGAGGAAGAAAAAGACGAAGAAUAAGCGUGUUUUGAGCAGACUCUAAUGUUCUCCCUGGAAAUCAGCAGCUACUGAAGGCAUCGGCAGAAUUCAGGAGCAGGCACCUUCCCCAGGCCUCCCCGCCAUUCUGAAGAUGUCCUUCUGAGAUCUGCCUCUUGCUUUCUGGAAAACUGGAGAUCGCAGCAACCUUCCCACAAUUAGAGACAGACACGCAGAGAAUCGGUCGCAAAGCCGGUCUGCAGAUCAUUGGCUGGGGCGGGAGUGAACCUCCAGUUCUGCCUGCAAGGUUCCCGGGACGAUGGAAA